GCCACACUAUGAAUGGUUAUGGAUGGCCGCCAUCCUGGAAUCCCAAAACCUGAUAAACUGUUGGGGAGAAGAGUAGACUUCUACCGAGGGGGUGGUACAUAGGGGAAUAUCAAACAUGGCGGCUCGAUCGGAAAUCUGUCUCUAAGUUAUUUUACGCUGUUUAAUUAACUAGAACUUCCGAAUGAGAUUAGACGACAAAUACUACAGAUUUUUAAUGGUGAAAAAGCACAACAACGCUGUAAGGAAACUGCUCGUAUGGCUCACCGUUAUUACUUACGGUGUAGCGGAAGAAUGUGAAAAGUUGGACCAGUGUUCGUGCAAGAAAGGAAAUGGGAAAAUCAUCAGUUUAUGGGACAUCGAUGGAGGUUCCAAAGAACCAGCCUUCAAAGGCCUUCUAGCUCUGUAUCCUCCAGGUUCAUCAUACAAAUUUGACUGGAAUCCUUGCACAAAGUUUAGUGAGGGAACUGGAUGCUCAAACGUAUUUAUGUGUGAAACAACGUCUUAUAGCACAUAUGCUGACUCUGUGAACAAAUUUGUAGUUGAAAGUGAUGGAACAACCACCAUAGUUUAUAACAAAAUUGAAACGGGUGGCAGGGAAAGAACAGUCACCAUCAAUCUUAAAUGUGACAAAAACAAAUAUCCAGGGCAAAUGGAUGGUGUCACCGUAAAAGAAACAACGUCUGCGAGUCUAACGUCCAAGUGCGCUUGUGAGGAUAGCUGUCGUCAUCCUGAUUUUAACAGAAAUACCGGAAAUACUGGGCUCAGCACUGGAAGUAUCCUGUUGAUAGUGUUUUUUCCAUUACUUCUAGUCUAUUUCAUGGCUGGUUUAUUAUAUAACAAAUACCACAAGGGUGUUAACAGCUUUCCUGAAAUGAUCCCUAAUCAUUCUUUUUGGGGUGAAUUUCCAUUGUUGGUCAAGGAUGGCUGUGUUUUCACUUUUGAAAGAAUAACUCGCUGUUGUCAACGUUUGUUCUUGGUAUCUAAAAGGGACUCCUAUGAGGAAAUUUAGGAAUAUGAUUUUUCACUUUUUUUAAACAUAAGUACUUAGUGACAAAAAUGAUCGUUAAAAGCUAAAAGAAAUGAC